UAUCCAGCAUCGCUCAGCAACAUCUCUAUAAAUUGUUUAAACACAUCUUGAUGCAGAGCGGCUGAAUCAUCCAGUGUUACAGGAAGAUUGUGACAUAUUACUAAACUUUUGGGAUGAGAAAGAAAAUAUGAAGGGCUUUCGUGUAUUCUAAAUCAUGGCUCUUGCAGGAAAUCAUAACUUUCUUCAAACGUUAAAAACGAGGUUCAGUCUGUGUGUCAGGUGUAAUAAAUGCUGUAAAAAACACAAUGAGAUUUCAUACUCACUUAACCAGGUCAUCCAUGACUGUUCCGAAGACAUCUUGCUGAUCAAGCGGAAACGUAAAAAUUCAGUGUGGAGGCCUGUUGCCCACCGGCCAGGCCGUCCCAGACCUGGAAAGUAUGUUGUUUGUCAGUACUACACUAAAGAAACUGGAUGCAAGCAGCAUGGAAGUAGAUGUACCUUUGCUAGGAGCUCAGAGGAAGCAGCAAUAUGGAACGUCAUGAAGCAUGAAAAACUGACAAUUCCUAAGAUUGUGAAUAUGACUAAACAAAAUCAAAGGACACCACAGUCAAAGUCUCGAAGGAAAGGAGGGCAGUUUGCCUGCACAUUAUGUCAAGUCCACUUCCCGAAAGCUGAGAAACUGAUGAACCACUGUUUCACUGUGAAGCACAGGAGACUGAUCUUUGAUGAGACCUAUCAGACUUGGAAGUACCGUGAUCCGCCACCAACAUACAAGGACCUGAAAUUGUGUGGAAGAUCCCUAAUAUGCGAGUAUGGUGAUAACUGCACAAAGGCGCACAGUCAAGAGGAACUUCGUGAAUGGCAAAAAAGACUCAAGGCUUCACGAAAAAGAGCCAGAGAUGCAGCCGAGAUGGGUCUACUGUCCUAUCAGGACAAGCUUUUGGAGGAAUACAGACACAGCAACGACAAGAAAAUGAUUGUCAGCGACACCCUUCCUGAUGUUUCUAUCAGCUGUGACACAGAUAUAGACAGUGUGUAUGUACGGAAAAAGGGAAUACAGUGUACAUGGAAUUUUACCAUUAUUUCUAAGGAACCUCUAGAAGUUAUUGCUUUACUCAGAAGGGAACUGGGGGCGACAUUCAGCCUCAGUAAAGACCCCCAUGAGGAACGGACAUAUUCCACUAGUGCUUGGUUUAAAAAGAACCAAACCGAGUAUGAAAUCCCAGUGUUCUUCAAAUCUGACCAUCCAGGCUUGUAUGAGCAGUGGGUAGUGUUUGACUUCAACACGAGACCCGUACUACGACAAAAAAUCAAGGUCAGAGUUGGAGAGGAUGAGUGUAAGGGAACAUCAGUCACGACCCCAGCACCUGAGGUUCCCCUAGAAAAACAAGAGUCUGCCAGGAAUCUUGAGCCCUGGUAUGAGGAAAGCCUGGAAAUCAUUCCUUUCUUUGAAAGAGAAGAGGCAGAGAGAGAGCUGAUAAACAGAUACAAGCUUAUCAUGAUAGAUGAGAUGAACAGUGUGAUUAACCGUGACAACUACAAACACAGCAUGCACAAUUUUUUAUAUCAGGAGGAAAAGGUCGAAGGUGAACUGCUUACCAGGCUGAAUCUACGAGGGACUGCGCAGUUGCAAAAUUGCCUGUCUGAUGACAGGUUUGGUUUAAAAUGUGCUUAUCCCGGGACACUUCUUGCUGCUGUGCCUCUGUCUCACACACUCACUCCUGAUGCUCCUCAAGGCUUCAUAGUGAAAAGACACACAAUCAGAUCUCUUGUUCAUGUUGUGAAAAACAACGAAUAUCUUGGACCUAUUUAUGAGGCUGAAUUUCUGAAAGACGCUGCCACAGAGACACAAUUACUUUUGCAGCUUUCCAAACAAUGCUGCACUGAUUUGAACCUGCAGAAUGGACAACAGUGUGAGAUGGAAGUCCAGUUCCAACUAAAUCGUCUCUGGUUCUGUGAGAUGCACAAGGCCAUUGAUGAUCUCACCAACUUAGACAAAGUCUUACCUAAUCUGAAAAACAGCAAGUUCUGUAUUUCUUCCCAGUCAGAUACAGGAGAGUUAAAUGAGAAGCAGCAAGCAGCAAUGAACUUUGUUCUGGGUGUAACAGACAACAGAUGCAGCAUCCCACCUUUGUUGAUUUAUGGACCUUUUGGAACAGGGAAAACUCAAACCCUUGCCAAGAUGAUCCAAGCUCUUGUGCAGCAACCACAGAACAAAAUCCUGAUUUGCACACACACAAACAGUUCUGCUGAUCUCUAUGUAAAAGGCCAUUUUCAUGAAUAUGCAGCUGUUCAUCACGAAGCCAAACCUUUGAGAAUCAAGGCAAAGGAAAGCAAUCCCAGAUCUACUGAUACCAUCACUCUACAGUACUGCCAUUUAUCCAGAGAUAGCAAUCAGUUUGAGUUUCCUGAUAAAGCUGUUUUAGAUUCCACAAGAAUCAUCAUAACAACAACUGCUGUGGCUCGUUUCUUCCAUGACAUGAAGCUCCCUGAAAACUACUUCAGCCACAUUCUGAUUGAUGAAGCUUCUCAGAUGUUGGAGUGUGAGGCUCUCAUGGCACUGGGCUUAGCAGGUAAAAAUACACGUGUUGUUUUAGCAGGAGACCACAUGCAGAUGGGACCCAAGCUCUUCUCUGUGAAACAAGACAAAUGCUCAGAACAUACUCUGCUCAAUCGCCUCUUCUAUUACUACCAAGCUGAAAACAGUGAUGGCGCCAAACGGGAUGUGAUCAAGGCUAGAGGAGGUGUGCCUCCUCAUCCACACCAACACACCUUGCAGUUCCAUCAUGUAAGAGGAGAAUGCUGUUUGGACCCAACAAGCAUGUCCUGGUUCAAUCCAGCACAAGUUCUAAGUGUCGUUGACAUUGUGCAAUAUAUAUUGGAGCAAUGGCCUCAGGAGUGGGAUGGUAAAGAUCCGGAAUCAAUCUGUGUCCUUUCUCAAGGCAGACAGGUGUUUGAGAUAAGGCAAAGACUGCGUCAGCUUGGACUGCCCCGUUUCACUGUGGAGAAUGCCGAAAAUGUGCAAGGAAAACAGUUCAGAGUAAUAGUGAUUUCCACUGUGCACACCAAGGACAGCUUAUUGGAGACGGACCGGACCUGUCUUGAAUUUUUCAAUGACACACGAGUGCUGAACACAGUUAUGACAAGAGCCCAGUCUCAAAUAUUUGUUGUUGGAGAUGUAGCUGCACUUUCUUGCCAACAGUUCGGUACAUGCUGGAGACUAUGGAGAUCGUACAUAGAGGAUUGCGUCAACAAGGGAAGUGCCCAUAACGUUACGUUGGAUUCUUUGAAACAAGAUCUCCUUGAGAUAUCUGAGCUCUGCAGAAGUGAGGAUGAAGAGAGCAGCGAUAGUGAAUCAACUACAUCUGAAAUAUCAGACCUAGAAGACCCAAUACUUCAAGAGCUUCUUGAUGAGAGCAAAGACAUCAACGUUCCGUUGACAGAGGAGGGCUUGUUUCCAGUUUUUCAACAUGAGCAAUUUGUCAGUAGUGUUAGCAACCAAAUUGCAGAAGUAGAAGAAGAGCAACUGUUGACUAACUCUAUCAUACGCAAACACUGUGAGCUGGUCAUAGAGUAUUAUGACCGUGGCUAUGCAAGACCACUUAAUGAGCCCACUCUGAGAAUCGAUAUCAAGGGUAGAAAGAAUAUUGGACAGGCAUUCCCUGGAGACAAGGUAACAGUGGAGAUCCUGAGUGAGACAUCAAAUCCUCCCAUGGGAAAAGUGAUCAACAUCCUUGAAAGUGCGGAUACUGUCAAAGAAUUUGUCUGCACCAUUGAAAGAUAUGACAAUCAGGUGAUGACGCCUAUCAACAAAUGCAUCACCAAAAUUUACACACCAUUUUCAAAGGACAAACCAGACCACGUUGCUGUAAGAAAUCCAGAGAACCGCAAAGUAAAGCGUUUCAUCAAAAUAAAUGAAGAAGCACGUAGAAAAUAUCUCUUCGUUGUCAGAGUCCUUAUGUGGAGAAAGACUGGCGGUAUCCCCUUGGGGACAGUUGUGGAAGUGUUUCCCAAAAUCACAACUUUAGAUAAUGGACUGAAUAUACUCAACAUAGAAUAUCAGUUGAGGAGAACAUUUUCGUCAUCUUUGAGAAGUCAGAUGCAAGACAUUCAAGGUCUCAAUUUAUUUGAUAAAGGACGAAAGAAUUUUCGCAUGCUCCCAACAUUCACCAUUGAUCCUGCUGAUUCACAAGACCUUGAUGAUGCAAUCAGUGUACGGGAUUUAGGUGAAUGCUAUGAAAUAGGAGUUCACAUUUCUGAUGUUGCAAGUUUUGUGGCUAAAGACAGUGAACUGGACAAAUAUGCAAGACAGCUGUGUACUACAUUCUAUCCCAGUGGGAAGGAGCCAAUACACAUGUUCCCUAAAGAACUAAGUACCAAUUUCUUCAGUUUAAUCCCUAACCAAGACAGACGAGCCAUCUCCUUGAUAAUUCAAGUAGAUACUAAGACACACUGCAUAAAGGAAAGUUCAUUUUGGAAGUCUGUCAUUCGCUCCAAGAAGAAAUUUUCCUAUGAUGAAGCUGAGGACAUCAUUGAAAAUCCUCAGAAUUCUGACCAGCUUCAAAUCUGCCUUGUGAAAGCAUGGAACUUUGCUGAGGUCCACAGGAGAUUGAGAAAACAGGACGACUGCUACUACAAACAGCCAGAUGAAGACGUGACUCUGGGAAGAAGACAAUCUCACCUAAUGGUGGAAGAGAUGAUGAUCAUGUUUAACCACAUGGCUGCUGAACGUCUUCUGUUUGAUGAAACAACAAGGAGCAUAACUCCACUGAGGUGCCAGGACAGGCCAAACAAUGAAAAGCUUACUGACCUUUUUGACAAAAAUGCCUCCUUGAUUCCACUUUCUGUUCACUUCUCCAGUCAAGUUCAUGAGUGUGUGUCUCAUGAACUGAAUAACCAAGGUUUGAUCCACCGCAGAGCCAUGCCAAACCCUCAGGCUUGCAUUUCUGAUUCUGAAACCUUCCCCAUAUUAAAAUCUGUUUUGAGAUGCCUGAAGACAGCAGCAGAGCAGGAAAAUAUCUACAAAAUAAUUGACUUUAUUGCAACUGAUGAGAUUCACCCCCAACUUCUCCCUUUUGCUGUUGCAUUUAGGAGACUGUUUCACAAAUCAUGUAUUCUGCGCUCAAACUCAACACAUGUCUCAAGAAUUGGGCACUAUGAUUUAGAUCUUGACAGCUAUACAUGGGCGUCAUCUCCAAUCCGCCGAUAUACAGAUGUCAUUGUGCAGCGUCUUCUUCAUUCUGUGAUUGGCAAGACAAAUGUUAGGUACACAGCUCAUGACAUUGACCUGUCUUGUAUGGAAUUUUCCAGGAAAAACUACCAACAGUCAGCAUAUGAGAGGAAAUCUAAUGCUCUACGUUUUGCAUUACAACUGUCGACCCAAAGCGAAAGGAAGGUGGCCUACAUUGUGGAACUCAAUGCAUCAGGGACAAAUCCAGUGAUUGUCUUCAGUAUGACAUUUAGCUAUGUGUCACUUGUAAAGCAGCAGUUACACAAUUCAGAUUUAAAUAGCAUCACAUUAUCAACAUUACUGCACUUUAACAAAUGUGUUGCAGGUCAUCUCCUAAAACUUCGAAAUCAACUUAGACCUCUCAGAGUCUACAGUAAUCAGAUGGAGAUGUUGGAAUUUCCUUACCCAGGCUGCAAUCUGAAGCAGUCACGCAAUUCAAAAAGAGGCGAAAAACCCAACACAGAGCUUAGCUCCAUUGCACUUCACCACCUGAUUCGAAAAGAUGGCAACCCAUUCUCCACACAAAUACUCGCUUUUGAUCUGAAAAUUGGAAGAGGAGAUGAACUCACUAAUGAAGAAAAGAAAUUCUACAGAGAAACCCUCCAAAAGGCUCGAAAACAUGAAUUACUGCGGCAUGAUGUCAUCUUGUGCACUUGCACAGCAGCCUCACACCCUGCCUUAGCUGAUGCCCUCGACUUCAAACAGAUCAUCAUUGAUGAAUGUGCCAUGGCAACUGAACCUGAAGCCUUUAUUCCACUAGUGGCUCAUAAGCCUGAGCAGAUUGUUCUUCUGGGCGAUCAUAUGCAGCUGCAACCUGUAGUCCACUGUGAUGUGGUGGAGCGAUUGGGAAUGAGCAAAUCUCUUUUUGAACGUUACAUGGAGAAAGCACUCUUGCUUGACACUCAGUACAGAAUGCAAGAAGACAUUUGUGCAUUUCCAUCUAAGGAGUUCUAUAAAGGAAAGUUAAAAACUGGAACAUCAGCCAAACCAAGUCUCUUCCUAAGUAAAUCAAGGAAAACAUGCAUUGUCUUUGGUCAUGUUGAAGGAAAGGAGAAGAGUCUGGUGGUCCGGACUGAACGGGGGAAUGAAAAUUCAAAGGCAAAUGUGGAAGAGGCAAAAGAAGUGGUACGGAUCGCCAUUCUUUUGACUGAGGCUGGGAUAAACAGAAAGGACAUUGCCAUUCUCACACCAUACAAUGCUCAAGUGGCAAGUAUUAAUGAGCUCCUGUUUGAAAAGGGUAUACGUGAUAUCACAGUCAACACCAUCAUGAGGAGUCAAGGAAGUGAAUGGAAAUAUGUCAUCAUGUCAACUGUGCGCUCUUGUCCCGAAUCUGAAAUAGAAAAACAACCAACCAAAUCCUGGAUUAUGAAACAACUUGGAUUCAUCAUGGACCCACACCAAGUUAACGUGGGCAUUACCAGGGCACAAGAAGGCCUGUGCAUCAUUGGUAAUGAGAACUUGCUGCGAUGCAAUGCAUUGUGGAGAGGACUUCUGGAUCAUUAUAAGGAGAAAGAAUGUGUAGUGAAUCCCACCCGGAACAUCCAGGUUCAAAAAGCCACUAGAAGUCUGGGAAUGAAGAAAACUGCUAGAAGAUGAUGUGCUUCAUGCAGUUUUAUUUUUGUAGCUGCAUUUGCUUUAUAGCUGUGUUAAAUGUGCACUUACAGUAUAUACUCUACACAUUACUUUGUGACAUUUUUUAAAAAUGGACACCAGGGAACAUUGCAUCAUCAGAUCUGUUGGAUACUAGUGCUAUACAUUAAUAUAAUCAUAAAAUAACUACUCUUGAAUGGCCCUUUAGUGUACAUUAACUUUUAAUUAAAUAUUAAAUAUCUUUCAUUUUUGGAGUCCGUUUUAGUCUUGGAAAUUAGAUUGUAUUUACCUAUUUUAAUUUCAGCAUUUUGUGAAAUUCAAGUUUGCAAGUUUCAAGAAAAACACUUUUGCAUUAAAUUUGUUAAAACAAAUCUUAAUUUUGUAUAUAUGAAUACAAAAAAGACCAUUUUACCACAACAGCACCACUAGACUAUGACUAUUGCAAUGUUAAUGUUUGACCACUUAGAGGUGCUGUGAUAGCAUAUAAAGCAGAUCCUAAGGCAAAUUGCAAUUAGUAACUAUAUUACAUAUUUUUAGAUGUUGUUGAAUUAUUUGUAUUCAAUUGUUUUCUGUUGUGUCUAUGAGUGUAUAAUUGUAAUGCAAGAACCUGAAUGUUCUGUAUUUAUUUGUUUGCAUGUAUAAAGAUGUAUCUGUGAAUGUAAUAUAUUUCAUAAUUUAUGUUUACUGUGCAGCUCAUUACAUAAUUUACACAACAGUCGAUACAGGAGCUGCAGAAUGUAUUUCGGACACUGAAGUCACAAAUAAAAAUAUAAUUGAUUGGAUCUGUA